GGGCGAGGGCUGUGUGGCGGCCCGGGUUGCUAAGGGCGCUCCCCCGGCCGAGCCCGCGACUCCUCCGCCUUCCCAAUGGCCCGCCUGCCUUUCUUCUCGCGUGAGGCGCACAGGGCAGCCGCCUGACGCGCGUCUUCUGCUCGGCAUCGGUUGCAUCCAGAGGGGCUUAACGCGUGCAUGUCUGUGUUGUAGAGGGAAUGCAUGAUCCCCAAUGAAAGGGCUGGUGCUUAUUUACCGGUAAACUGUAGCAGAGGCCUUCAGUACUACUAGGUAUUUUUUACUCUUGCCUUAAUUGGUGAGUGAAAUACUGCUGGAAUGCAUCAGAAGCUCCUGAAGAGUGCUCAUUACAUUGAGCUUGGAAGUUACCAGUACUGGCCGGUUUUGGUCCCUCGGGGAAUUCGCUUAUACACCUAUGAGCAGAUUCCAGUGUUCCUUAAGGACAAUCCAUACAUCACAGAUGGCUACAGAGCAUACCUACCUUCCAGGCUAUGUUUGAAAAGCCUAUUCAUUUUAUCCAAUGAAACAGUUAACAUCUGGAGUCACUUACUGGGCUUCUUCCUCUUCUUCACUUUGGGCAUAUAUGACAUGACUUCUGUGUUGCCUUCAGCGAGUGCCUCUAGAGAAGAUUUUGUUAUUUGUUCUAUUUCUCUCUUCUGCUUUCAAGUCUGUAUGCUUUGCUCAGUAGGGUAUCACCUCUUCUGUUGUCAUCGCUCAGAGAAGACCGGUCGACGGUGGAUGGCACUGGAUUAUGCAGGAAUUUCCAUUGGUAUCCUGGGCUGUUAUGUAUCUGGAGUCUUCUACGCAUUUUAUUGCAAUAAUUACUGGCGUCAAGUAUACUUGAUCACUGUCCUUGCUAUGAUCUUGGCAGUAUUCUUUGCCCAGAUCCACCCCAGUUACCUCACUCAGCAGUGGCACAGGCUGCGCGCAGUCAUCUUUUGCUCUGUGUCAGGUUACGGAGUCAUUCCUACCAUCCACUGGGUUUGGCUCAAUGGAGGUGUUGGUGCGUCUAUUGUGCAGGAAUUUGCUCCCCGUGUGAUUGUGAUGUACUUGAUCGCUGCCAUAGCAUUUCUCUUCUAUAUUUCUAAAGUCCCAGAAAGAUAUUUCCCAGGGCAGUUAAACUACCUCGGCUCGAGCCACCAAGUAUGGCACAUCCUUGCAGUAGUGAUGCUGUACUGGUGGCAUCAGUCUACCGUCUACAUCAUGCAGUAUAGACACAGCAAACCUUGCCCUGACCAUAGUGCACAUUAGGACGCAAAGGUAUGGCAGUUUCCUGUGCAGGAGGAGAUGAAGAUGGACUGGGUUGUGAUGGGGAAGGGGGUUUAGCCUUUUCGUUGCCACAGUUAAAACAGCAGUGAUUGCCCAGAAGUCAUAAAGGGUCUGCAGCUGGCUGUUCAGGAAGAGGAGUCCUUUUUUGGGGUAAACUGGCCUGCAGUAACAAAUGCCCUGGAGCUCUUGGGUCACCAGCUGGAAAGGAGACAAGAGCGCUGCAUGCUUCUCUUUUCACUGUGCUUCUGCUGCUCCCUGUUCAUAGAAAGCUGCUUUAUACAGAGUCAGACCAUUGGUCUGCCUAAGCUUGGUGUUGUCUGCCCUAACUGGCAGGAGAUGCCAGGGAUUGAAGCUGGGAUAUAUAUAUAUAUAUAGAGAGAGAGAGAGAGAGAGAGAGAGAGAGAGAGAGAGAGAGAGAGAGAGAGAGAGAGAGAGAAUAUGCAAAGCAUAUGCUCCACUAAUGAGCAUUUCAGUUCCUCUUUAGAGACUUUAUCCCUGCAGUAUUAAUUUUGUGUUCUCCUAGCUUCCUUGUAUUUGGGCUCAACAGCCUCUCUUACCUGGACAGCUGUUAAAACAUGUGGCAGUGCUGUGGCACCUGAAACCCUGAAUCCACUUCUUUGAAUUCGGACUCCACUAUAUAGGCUCACAGGUGGGCCUAAAGUCAGACUGCCCCUGUUGAGGAAAGCGACGGGGACCCAAAUAUUUUGCAUUGACUCCCCUUGCUAUUUAACAGCUGUACUUUAAUACAGUGUUGAUACCUAACUAACAAUUGCAGUAGUUUUACUGCUCAGCAUUAACAGGCAAGGGAAAUACUGGUUUUCUGUAUGAUUUAUGAGGCCCCUUUGUGAAGGAUUAAACCCUGCCACUUCCGAUUUUACCAAUAUGCUGGGAAGAAAGGACUUUCCACAAUUUGAUUGCACAUAUUGAGGACUCUGCAUUCUACAAAACUUGUUCCACUUUUUUUUCUGAAACAGCAGCUGCUGGUGGUGGCAUCAACUUUCUUUUACUGCUUCCCAAGGGAUCUCUCGUUCGUUUUGUUUACAGUCUAUGUUCAGGGCAAAAAGUCCCACCAAUGCUGUUUACUUAAAUAUAUAAAACUAAACAUGCUACCAAAAUGUCACCACCUAAAGCAGCAGUUGGAAAGUCCAACUGAGCAAUCCAUGAAAUGUAAGCGCUUUUAAAAUUGUUUUAAACCAGCCCAUCUUUUAAAGGGUCCAUUUAAAAGCCAGAACUAAUUAGCCCAACUAUAUUAUAUACCCCUUAGGAAUGAUGUUCCACAAAGGGGAACCAUUGCUGAAAAACCCUAUGACUAGUACCCAUCCUCCUUAUCCUAUUUUGUACAUCUUCCCAGACCAAAUAUGAGGAAACCCAGUGACUGACCAACCCAUGUUCUUUUAUGUCCCCCCCCCCAAAAAAAAACCCUGCAGAAGCUGACCAUUCCCACUACCUCACUGGCUGCGGGAGGCUGAUCAUGAGAUUACUUGCAGUCUUUUGAAAUUGAUUAAUUGUAUUUAUUUAUUUCAGUCUUAUCAUUGUACACCAAUUUUAGAGGCAGCACCCAAAGCUGCUGUUCUCUUUCCCUUCACGUUAAGAGGCAAUAAUAUGUUUAGCAGUCAUGCCAAAGAGCACGGAAGAGGUCGCCAGCAGCCAAAUAGCUUGGUGAACUCUUCUUGUUGGGCGCAGUAGAACAAAUCAAAUUUGUUCAAACUACUGAUAAACAAAUUGCAGAAAUUGCCAGGAAACUAUUUCUUCUGAUAGGCUAAGGAAACAUCCCCCAAUAUGCAUGUGGGGUUCCUGUGACAAAUUCUCAUUCCAGGAUGUAACAUUAUAAGUUGAAAAUAUAUUAUGUUUACUGUAUGUGCAACAUGUUCUGUGUCCUUGCACUGAUGUCUGUGUUAUAAUUUAAACAUGGAUUUUUACUUGAUUCCCCCCUUCUGUAGAACAGUAUCUGCUGUUGUUUUCCUCAGUGAUAUCAUAGACUAAUCUUUGGAAAAGAAGUUGGAUGCCCCAGUAAUUGUAAAUUUUGGGGUGCUUUUCAAAAUGCUGUUUAGCAGAGAGUCAGAAAUUUGGGGUCCCUUGAUUAAACAUGUCUCAAUGCCCAAAGUUUUUUUUUCAAGUACUGACAUGAAGUGCAAAUAAACAUUCUAGCAGUGAUGGAACUAAGGAGAAUUGCUCUGAGUGAUGUUUUAAAAGAAUAGCAUUUAUCUGUUGACAAACGCAGAGCAGCUGCUCCUUGGCUAGCCAUUGGCAGAUGUUGGGGUGUAGCCACUUUGUUUUGAAGUGCCAGCUGACACAUCUCAGCUUGAAUUGUAGACUUUGCUAAGGUGUAACAGAAGUAAACCUACCCUUAUGCAACUGCAAAUUUGGAAAAAAGUAACAUCAGCUAGGGAACAGUCCUAUGGGUUUUCUUCUUCAGAAAACCAGUACUUUCAGAGGCAAGGUGGGAUGUAAAAGUAGGAAGUUGCUUGAAUAGUUAAGGAACUCUAAAAAAUACUUUAUGGCUUUAGUUAGAAAGCUUUAGAGAACUGGUCCCCCAAAACUUACAUGCUUUUAUAGAAAAUGCUAAGUUUUUGUUUACAGCUUCUUGCAUUAUAGAGAAGCAACUCCUUUUUGAGAAUUCACUUAUCUACUGCACCUCACCACCAUCUUUGUUUUAAUUUUGCAUUUAAUGUAUUGUUUUUCUAAAAACAGUCUAGGAUAUAAAUGUUUAGUAUUGCAAUUGGAAGAGUUGAGUUCAAUUGAACUCGUUUGUAUAGCUGUAUAGAAAAACCUUUUGUAAAUGUCAAACCUGUGCAUGCGUCAUUUCUAAUAUUUAUUUUUAAGGAGUUGUGAUAUAAAUAAGCUUUCUGACAAAGCUCUUCAAGACAAUAGAAAAUGGAAUGGUAAAACUCUUACUAUAUAUUUCCUGCCUUCUAAGCUUAAUAAUUGUGAUUAUCAGCCAGCAACCAUGUACCAUCUGCUGUUGGAACCUCAUUUUUAAGUUACACCAUAAGCCUUGCUUAAGUACAGUGACACAUACUGCUGUGCCUUUAAAAAUGUUUUAAUUCCUUUAUCCCUGUUCAACUAGAUGUACAAAGGAAAGCUGCUGCAAUCUAUUCAAGUUGUACCAAUAUGUAUUAUGUAAAUAGCUCCUCUGUGAAUAAAAUUGUUUGUUGGCAAAUGUACUUGCUCUUCUGUGUGUGUGAGACAAGCAAUGUGUUGGGCUCUAUAGAGGUCUGAGCUGCACAGGUGGGACAGCUCCUUGCAAUGUAGCUGAAGAUUACCUUGCGGAAUGGCUGCUAAUCAAGACUGGAUUAGAACCACCAAUGGGGAGAAAGCUGUUUUAUGCAGAACCAUUGUUCAUAUUCUCAGUAUGUUUCUAUUUCUAUACCUUCCAUAUGGUGUCUAGUCCAGCUUUCUUGAUGCUUCAACAGGGGCCGAUGGUAUUGUCAACCUUUGUCAGACUCAGGGCCCACUUUAAACAAAACCAUUUAUUUGGGAACCCAUUUCUUAAUGUUUACUCAUAUAUUUUCCAUUGUGGUAGUGCUCCUAUUGCAACCCACCUUGACUCAGGCCAUGACUCUGCAGUACAUCUGUCCUACCACUGGCAUUGCUUC